AUGUUGGAUCAGACUCGCGAGGUCUUGUGCGGCGGCCAAAUACGAGACCUUAGUCGCAGCAAUGGCGCGAUAAGACCGGAAUUAGAGUGGUCGUCGCCGUCAUCCGUGCCGCGACGAGCUCUCGACGAGUCCAGCAGACCACCGCAGUCGUUCCUCGCGUCGCUUACCGCGUCGUCCGCCAAACAACCGCCUUCCGAUCAACCACUCGCCAAUCAACCAGCCGCCACCUGUUCAAAAUGCAGAACGCUUAAGGAGGUGCUUGACGGAGCAUUAACGGCCGCCGGUGGCGAUCCGUCGGCAGCGGCGGCGCUGGCGGCGGCGUUGGAAGAGGAGUACGGCGGGCCUAGCGGGCUGCCCGACCCGGAUCGCCCGUUCCUCGAGGCGCCGCAACAAUUGACGGCGCGAGCAGAGGAUGGCGGCGACGGCAAGUCGGCGGCGAGCAGAGUGGUGGAGGCGUCGGCGGCGUCGUCGCUGUCGCGCACGGUGAUCGUGACGGCGCUGUCGGAGGCGUGGGCGCCCAUGAUGCGCUUCUUCCUCGACCGCCUCCGCCUCGUCGAACAGCAGGCGCGCGCGGAGGCGGAGUCGGAAGGGCGCGCGGAGGGGGGUGUGGAGGCGGAGGUGGGGUUGAACCGGCUGGUGGAUCGGCUGGUGGUGGUGGCAUACGACGACGCGAGCUUCGACGAGUGCUGCUCGCUGGGGCUGCAGUGCUACUUCGACUGGCAGGACGACGCGGAGGAGAAGGAGGACUUCAGCGGCGAGCAGAAGCACUUCAUGACGCCCGCCUACAUCCACCUCGUCUGGCGCAAGGUGCACGUCGUGCGCAGCAUGCUCGCGCUGGGCUACGACGUGGUGUUCACGGACAACGACAUUCUCUGGCUGCGCAACCCGCUGCCGCACCUCCUGCUCGCGGCGCCCGAGGACAUGCACAUGAGCGUCGACUGGUGGUUCGCCAACUCGCGCGCCGUCAUGGCCAACGGCGGCUUCUACGCGGCGCGCAGCAACACGCGCAUGCUCAAGUUCUUCGACGACUGGAUCGCCUGGCACAAGCGGCUGCCGAAGCACCGCAUUCAGCAGAUAUUCGACUGGAUCCGCCCGGAGGCCAACCCCUUCACGCGCACCGCCACGCCGCUCACGGUGCGCUACCUGCCCACGUCGCACUUCGGCGGGUUCUGCGAGAUGGGCACGCUGGCGGAGCUGGUGACGGUGCACGCCACGUGCUGCUUCGGGCUGGACUCCAAGCUGCGCGUGCUGCGCAAGGUCGCCGCGGACUGGGACUGGAUGCGCGCGCUGCCGCACGGCGCGCUGGAGGAGCACGCGUUCGUGUGGCAGAGACGGACGUGCGCGACGGACUGA